AUGUCCGCCAUUGCUACUGCUGCUGCGCUUUCUAUUCCUACCUCUCUGUGUCGUUCAUCAAAAUUCAACGCCAAAAAGGGUGUCAGGGGAGGCUUUGCAGUGUCAGCUAUCAUUGGGGAGGAAGGCGAUUUGGUCGACAGGAAAAACCUAUGGACGACCAUUUUUGAAGUAGAAGAUCCGAGGUCUAAAGUUCCUCAAUGUAAAGGCAAGUUCUUGGACGUGAAUCAAGCUUUAGAAGUGGCUAGAUAUGAUAUACAGUACUGUGAUUGGAAGGCUCGGCAAGAUGUUCUUGCAAUCAUGCUUUUGCAUGAAAAGGUUGUGGAAGUAUUGAACCCUCUUGCCCGUGAAUUCAAAUCGAUUGGUACUCUGAAGAAGGAACUCGCAGAGUUGCAAGAAGAGCUGGCAGUAGCUCAUAAUCAGGUACAUAUUUCAGAAGCAAGGAUUGGCACUGCUUUGGACAAGCUAGCUUACAUGGAAACUUUGGUUAAUGAUAGGCUAUUGCAAGACAGAACCACGAUGGAAUCCAACGUGUCAACCCCUACCCUGAGCACUUCUAGAGAAUCUCUUGACACUGUCAAGACCAGGCAGCCGAGAAGGAGCCUCAAUGUGUCCGGUCCUGUCCAAUCUUACAAUGCCCGUUUGAAAAAUUUUUGGUACCCUGUUGCCUUUUCUGCAGAUCUGAAGGAUGGAACCAUGGUUCCAAUAGAUUGCUUUGAGGAACCUUGGGUCAUCUUUCGUGGGAAGGAUGGAAAACCUGGAUGUGUCCAAAAUACUUGUGCUCACCGGGCCUGCCCACUUCAUCUGGGUUCAGUAAAUGAGGGUCGCAUCCAGUGUCCUUAUCAUGGAUGGGAAUACUCGACUGAUGGAAAAUGUGAAAAAAUGCCAUCGACUAGAUUACUUAACGUAAAAAUCAGAGCAUUACCAUGCCUUGAGCAGGAGGGAAUGAUAUGGAUUUGGCCAGGCGAUGAUCCGCCUACAGCUAACCUUCCUUCUUUACUACCUCCUCCAGGAUUUCAAAUACAUGCUGAGAUCGUGAUGGAACUUCCCGUAGAACAUGGACUACUACUGGACAACCUUUUGGAUCUUGCACAUGCUCCCUUUACUCACACUUCGACAUUUGCUAAGGGAUGGAGUGUUCCCAGCUUGGUGAAAUUUUUGACUCCUGCGUCCGGUCUGCAAGGAUACUGGGAUCCCUAUCCAAUAGAUAUGGAAUUUAGACCGCCUUGUAUGGUAUUAUCAACAAUUGGAAUCUCAAAACCUGGGAAAUUAGAAGGGCAACAUACUAAAGAGUGUUCAACACAUCUUCACCAACUCCAUGUUUGCUUACCUUCGUCAAGACAGAAGACUAGGCUAUUGUACAGAAUGUCGCUCGACUUUGCCCCUGUAUUGAAGCACGUUCCUUUCAUUCAGUACCUGUGGAGACAUUUUGCUGAAAAGGUUUUGAACGAGGAUCUACGGCUUGUUCUUGGCCAGCAGGAGCGCAUGCUCAAUGGCGCAAAUGUCUGGAAUUGGCCAGUGUCCUACGAUAAGCUGGGAGUGAGAUACAGGCUAUGGAGAGAUGCAGUUGAGCAAGGAUCAAAAAGAUUACCCUUCGAGAAAUCAGCAUAA